AUGUCGGUAUAUGCUUCAGGGUCAAAGAAUUUAUCUUAUGAAAAUGGUCACCUAACCACACCGAAUGUCAAGUGGUUAGGUAUUAGACCUUCUGAUAUAACAAAGUUUGAUAUCCCCAAAGAUGUUCGAAUCCAAAUGACACCGAAUGAUAUUAAGAUGACUGAAAAUCUGUUAAAAGAUGAAUGUGUGAAUAGUAAGCCUGAGUGGGCUAACGAGUUGAGGACAAUGUUGGAGAUGAAAGAGAAUGUAGAAAUUCAGGCUUUGACUUGUUUUGGAAUGAAUUAUCUAACUGAAGUCUACCUACCAAAAAAGCUACAAGAUUUUGAUUUUGUCUAA